AUGGCCGGCCCUCCUCCUCUUCAGGGUAUCAAGGUCCUCGAGUUUGCCGGCCUAGCCCCAGGCCCCUUUGCCGGCAUGCUCCUAGCCGACGCCGGCGCCUCCGUCCUCCGCAUCGACCGCGCCACCGGGGGCCAAGACGUCCUCGCGCGCCGCAAAACCUCCCUCGUCGUCGACCUCAAAGACCCCGCCGGCAUCGCACUCAUUAAGAAAGUCGUCGCCACCGCCCCCAUCGACGUCAUCAUCGACCCCUUCCGCCCCGGCGUCCUCGAGAAGCUCGGCCUCGGCCCCGAUGUCCUGCUCGCCAUCAACCCGCGACUCAUCUUUGGCCGCAUGACUGGCUUCCGCCGUGACGGCAAGUACGCCGACAUGGCCGGCCACGACAUCAACUACCUCGCUGUAUCCGGCACGCUCGGGCUGCUUGGCCGCGCGGGCCAGAAGCCCUUCCCGCCCAUCAACAUCCUUGCUGACUUUGCGGGCGGCGGCGCCACGCUCUACCAGGGCGUCCUGCUGGCUUUACUCGCGCGACAGACGACAGGAAGGGGCCAAGUGGUCGAGGCCAACAUGGUCGAUGGCGCAUCAUAUCUCGCUACGUUUCCGCGCAUGAUUAAGAAGACGCCCAUGGGCAAUAAGCCGCGGGGGAACAAUGCGCUGGACGGCGGUAGUCCGUGGUACGACACGUACGAGACAAAGGACGGCAAGUACAUGUCUGUUGGCGCGAUAGAGCCGCAGUUCUUUGACGAGCUGGUCAGGUUGCUGGGCAUUGGUGACCAGGGAUGGAACGAGAAGCGCCAUGACGAGAGCACGUGGCCGGAACUGCAUCAUCUCUUUACAAGUAUCUUCUUUUCCAAGACGCGCGCGGAGUGGGAGGCCGUCUUUGAUGGCACGGAUGCGUGCUGUGCGCCAGUGAUUGACUAUGACGAGCUCGAGACGAAUUCGGCGCUGGAGGGUGACUUGAGACCGGCUGUUACGCUGCGCUCAACGCCGUGCUUGGCUCUCGAUGUUGAACGACCUGCCGCAAAGGGCACAGAGGCCGCUGCGAGAGGGCAGGGCGCUGGUGUAGAAGGAGGCGGCUAUGAUCCUGUAUUCGUGAUGCCUGGCGAAGGUGGUGAAGAGACUCUACAGUCGUGGCUAGGCUGGAAAGAAGGCAAUCAGUACAUAUUGGGUGAUAAUGGUGCUGUUCUAGCCGACAAGUCCAAGCUAUAA